AUGGCCGCGCUUUUGACGAUGGGUGUCGUCGCCGUUCCGAUGAUGCAGGUUGCAUCGGCCGACGAAGCCGCCCAGCAGGAAGUCAAAGCCGAGUCCAAGGACGAAAAGCCUGCCGAGAAGAAGUACUGGCUUGGCGUGCAAUUGGCACCCACGCCUGAAAUCUUGGUCAAGCAUGUCGAGCGUCUGAAGGAUGGCGGCGCCAUGGUCGCCGGCGUGGCCCCGGAAAGCCCUGCCGAAAAAGCAGGAUUCAAAGCAGGCGAUCACAUUCUGAAAGUCAAUGAAGUAACCGUUACCGCUCCGGAACAAGUCGUCGACGUCGUUCGCGAUAGCAAUGGCCAGGCGAUGAACGUCCGAGUCCUCCGCGGUUUGGAAAUCGAAUCGCUCGCCGUGCAGCCGGAAGAAGCUCCUGCCGAGGCAGCUCCCCAAGUGCAGUCGAUACGACGCGUUCCAACGAUGCCUGGCCAACCGGGAGCUCACUUCCGUUUCUUCGGCCCUGGACAAGUCGUUCCUCCGCAAUUUCGAGUUGGCCUGGCCGGAGAAGACCUGCCGCAGAAUCUGAUGAUUCGUGUUGAAAAGCAGGGCGACGGACCUACGAAGCUGCACAUCGAACGGGACGGCAAGUCUUGGGACGUAACUGAAGACAACGUCGACGAGCUUCCUGAAGACCUGCAAGGUGUUGCCAAGCGUUACCUCGAAGGGGGCGGCAAUGGCAAUAUCAUCAUCAGUGGUAAAGAUGUUCCUCUCAUCGAACUGCAAGAGAUGAUGAAAGGGAUGGACCCGAACAUGAUGCCAGGCAAUGGCCAAUUCGAGCAACGGAUGCAGCAGGAAAUGCAGCAGAUGCAUGAAAUGAUCCGCAAGAUGCACGAGCGAAUGGAACGCAUUCAAAUUGCUCCGCCUGAGACGACAGGCCGCCGGACCGCAAUCGUGGACCGGCAACGUUCUCCGCGAAACGAUCACGCCCAGUUGCCGACGCCCCUUAUGAAUCGAACCGAUCACGAUCCUUUUCAGCUUUUAGGCGAGGCGAUUCAAGAGAAUCCGCGGCUCGCGACGAUGCUCACGCAACUUUGGCGACAGCUCGACAAUUCGAAAAGCUUACCGCAACUGCUUAGCGGAAUUUGCCAGUCACUGGUUCAGUCGUUUCCCAAGGCUUCGGCCCAGUUUCUGCAGCAGCAAACCUCAGGUAACUGGAAGCAGAUUGCUUCGGCUGGGACGAUACGCGAGCCCAGCCUCUCGCAGAUCGAGACUUGGGUCCAGGGAGAUGUCUCGCCUGGCAAUCCGGCCGCGUUAACGUUGCCGAUGGAGAACGAGCCAAAUCGAUUACUCGUACUCGAAGGCAUUGCGGCCAUGCCUAUGACGUCGCUGCAAGCUAUCGCCCAAGUCGCUCGAUUUGCCGUGAAGCGGUUCAUUGAAGCCAAAAACAAAAACGAUCGCGCGACACGUCUCAAAGCAAUGCUGUCGAUGGUCGAACGUUGGCAUCAAACCGACGACCUGGUUUCGCUGCUCAAUCAAAUGGCCGAAUGUUCGACCGAGUUCUUUGAUGCCGAACGAGCGAGUAUUUUUCUAUGGGAUAAGCCCAAGAGGCAGCUUGUCGGUCGGCCGGCAUUGGGUGUCGAAGAUGGCAAGCUGGUG